ACAAGCUUUGGAAUUCUUUUAAGGGACCUAACCCGGAAACCGCUCAGCAGCACCCUAACUCUGAGCCUAUGCUCCUUGGAAUCGCUAGGAGAUGAGCACCUCUCUUCAUUACAAGUCUUUUUCCAAAGAGCAGCAAACUAUGGAUAACUUGGAGAAGCAGCUUAUUUGUCCCAUAUGUUUAGAGAUGUUUACUAAGCCAGUGGUUAUCCUCCCCUGUCAGCACAACCUCUGCAGAAAAUGUGCCAACGAUAUCUUCCAGGCCUCGAACCCUUACCUGCCAACCAGGGGAGGCACCACUGUGGCAUCAGGAGGUCGAUUCCGCUGUCCGUCGUGUAGACAUGAAGUAGUUCUGGACAGGCAUGGAGUGUAUGGUCUUCAAAGGAACCUGUUGGUGGAAAAUAUAAUUGAUAUUUACAAGCAGGAAUCUACCAGGCCUGAAAGAAAAACUGAACAGCCAAUGUGUGAAGAACAUGAAGAUGAGAAAAUUAAUAUUUAUUGCCUGAAUUGUGAAGUGCCGACAUGCUCAAUGUGCAAAGUUUUUGGUGCUCAUAAAGAUUGUGAGGUUGCUCCCCUCAUGAAUGUUUACCAAAGACAGAAGUCUGAACUCAGCGAUGGCAUUGCUGUUUUAGUGGGAAGUAAUGACAGGGUGCAAGGAAUUGUAACUCAGUUGGAAGAAACCUGCAGGACAGUUGAGGAUUGCUGCAAAAGGCAGAAGGAGCAACUAUGUGAAAAAUUUGAUUAUCUGUACUCAAUACUGGAAGAAAGAAAAAGCGAGAUGACACAAAUAAUCACGAGGAGCCAAGAAGAGAAACUGGAACAUGUCCGGUCUCUGAUAAAAAAGUAUGCCGACCAUUUGGAGACAGUGUCAAAACUAGUGGAAUCAGGCAUCCAGUUUAUGGAAGAGCCAGAAAUGGCCGUUUUCUUACAGAAUUCCAAAGCAUUGCUACAAAAAAUUACUGAAGCUUCUAGAGCAUUUCAGAUGGAAAAAAUAGAGAAUGGCUAUGAAAUUAUGAGCCACUUCACUGUCAAUCUCAACAGAGAAGAAAAGAUAAUAAGAGAAAUUGACUUUUACAGAGGUACCGAGGAGGAGGAGGACAAUGAGGAAGAGGAUGUGGCCGAAGCAGAAGAAUUGGAUGAAGCCCAGACAGAAUCCUCUGGUGAGGAAGAAGUGUCUGAGCAAGUAUCUCAGCAACCUCAGCAGGCCACUGAGAUGCCAAAGGAUACACUCACUGUCUCUCAGACUAAUGCAGCACCAUCAUUGCCACUUCCACCAACAGUUACUGCUGCCCCUGCUGUUAAUCAGGGUGGCGUUGUGCUGACAACUACCCAACAGUCCGGAGGACUAAUAGAAGCUGAACCACAAUCAAGUGGAGAGCCAACUGAUCCCUUGUUUUAUCCUAGCUGGUAUAAAACUCAGCCACGGCAAACAACCAAUUCAAAUGCAGUCCCAGUGACUGAAAUUAGGCAGGUAGGGCCUUCAGUUCCCGCAGAGGUGAAUGUGAAGAAGGCAGAAGCUCCAGAACUAGCUAUGGCAAAUGGAAGUUCUGCUGCAAGUAGUAAGGAAGCUAACACACCCACUGAUACUUCACAGACUGGGUCUGAACCAUCCCCUCAAGGACACAUGGAAGGACGUCCUGGGAGCAAUGAGAGAGUUGAUGAGCCGGCUCGUCAUGUCUUCUCUUUCUCCUGGUUGAACUCAUUGAAUGAAUGAUGACUCUCCAUCCAGCUGGCUUCUGGAGGGAUUCAUAGGAAGCAUGUGACUUGGCUCAAAGUGAUAACAAACACUGCAUUAAAAGGAAUGGUGGAUCACAUUUUAUCCAAAAGAUUUUGUUUGAAAAUUUUCUCUUUGGAUUUGACUCUGUA